GUUACUCCUCCCAAAUAUCUCACUUCUCUGCAUCUCUCUCUCUUUCUCUCUCUCUCUCCUAGUUCUUCUCUAGUUUUCUCUAUCUCCUUAUUCUGCGCGGCACAUAAACCACCGGCGUAAAUUAGCCUCCCCUCAAACCUCAUGGCAACUUCCCGUCCACCGCCACCAAAACCGCUCGAUCUCGAUCUCACGAUAGUCUCAGCCAAGCAUCUCAAAAACGUCAACUGGAAAAAUGGGGACCUCAAAGCCUAUGCUGUCUUCUGGGUCGACCCAGACCGAAGACUUGCUACCAAAUCAGACGAUUCCGGCUCGACCCGACCCGUUUGGAACGAGCGAUUUACUCUUCCACUCUCACUCCCCCUACAUGAUUCGUAUUUCACCCUCGAGAUCUUCCAUUCCAAGCCCAGCGAAACACCGAAACCACUCGUCGGAACUCUCCGGGUCGGGUUGAAGGACUUAUUCGACCCAGAUGACUCGACCCGUAUACGAACAUUUGAGCUGACCCGACCUUCUGGUCGUCCUCAAGGUAAGAUAAGGAUAAAGAUUGGUUUUAGAGAACGGCCUUUGCCGCCGCCGCCGCCACCCCCACAGGUACAAGAUUAUCAUAUUACUCCUCCACAAAGUUAUUAUUACAAUACCGCCCCUAUGCCACCAGCCCCGCGUGACUAUAGGUAUGGGACAGCAUCACCACCACCACCACCACCAUCGCUUCAGUACUCAUCGUAUCAUCAUGACACGUAUACUGCACCAUCUCCUUAUUAUUCGGGAUACUACUCGGCCCCGCCGAUGCCACCCAGGCCUUUAUUUGACAGGAAUAACAGCGGUUAUAGUGGUGGGCCCUCUGCUCCUGUUGAUUACUCUGUUUCUGCACCCGCGUCGCCGUAUGAUCAGAGACAGAGAGGAGUAGGAGGGAAAGCAGGGUUCGGGACAGGAUUAGCUGUGGGUGCAAUUGCUGGGGCUUUAGGUGGGAUUGCAAUAGAAGAAGGAUUGAAAUAUGAAGAAGAGAAGAUUGCUGAGAGAGUUGAGCAUGACAUUGCUGGUAGCCGUGAUGAUUAUAGUGAUUAUCGCGUUGAUUAUUGAAGUUUGGUGAGGGAUCUUUAACUAAUAUAAAUUUAUGUUUGUUUUGUUUUGUGGUUUUUAAGGUAUAUAAGUAUGUGUAUGUAUAAUCUAUGUGGCAGUAUUUGGGAUGUCAAGAUUUUAGUAUUACUUGGUAUAUUUGAAGCAUCAAUAAAAACUUUGUUCUGCUA